UGAAAGGGGAAGACAGAAGCUGGGGGUAGUAGGUAGUUAGCUGGCUGACAGGCAGGCAAGCUCCCAAGCAAAGUGCCAAAUUUACACACCAGUUGCAGAUCAGUUCCCUUGUCAAUUUACGACACAUUUUUUGGGACACUUCAAAGGACAACACGUUUUUGUAAAAAUCCGAAACGUGGCACUGCCAAAUUACCGCCAGUUAACGAGUAAAGCUCCGGCGAGCUAGCUAACGUAACGCCUAGUUUAGCCGCUGACGCUAGCUGUUCUGAACAAUAACAGCUAGUUAGCUCGCAGCCGGCUCCGGUACGGUCAAGAAGUCACCUGUCCUGAGUGGUUCAACUUCUGUGGAAAAAUGACAUCCAGGAAGAAAGUUCUUUUGAAAGUCAUCAUCCUGGGUGAUUCUGGCGUUGGAAAAACCUCCCUAAUGAACCAGUAUGUGAACAAAAAGUUUAGUAACCAGUACAAAGCUACAAUAGGAGCAGACUUCCUGACCAAGGAGGUCAUGGUGGACGACCGGCUUGUUACAAUGCAGAUCUGGGACACAGCUGGCCAGGAGAGGUUCCAGUCUUUGGGUGUUGCAUUCUACCGCGGGGCAGACUGCUGUGUGCUGGUGUUUGAUGUGACUGCGCCCAACACCUUCAAGACACUUGACAGCUGGAGGGAUGAGUUUCUAAUCCAGGCCAGCCCUCGAGAUCCUGAGAACUUCCCCUUUGUGGUGCUAGGCAACAAGAUUGACUUGGAGAAUAGACAGGUGACCACCAAGAGGGCUCAGGCUUGGUGUCAGAGUAAGAACAACAUCCCCUACUUUGAGACCAGUGCCAAAGAAGCCAUAAAUGUAGAACAGGCAUUCCAGACUAUUGCACGUAACGCCCUCAAACAGGAGACAGAGGUGGAGCUGUAUAAUGAAUUCCCAGAGCCCAUAAAGCUGGAUAGGAACGACAGAGCUAAACCUUCUGCAGAAAGCUGCAGCUGCUGAGGAACAACUUGGACCAUCUUCUCUUUUGGCUUUCUGAAACACCCGGUCAUUACCCUGUUACAUCACCUCCACCUUGCUCCCAGGGAAAUGACUUCCCUUCUGGUCUUCCUCCUUCACAACACUGUUCAUUCCAUCAACACGCCCCCCCCUUUCACACAGUACGCCGCACAUGGAUGUAUUCCCCUCACUUAGUACACAAAUUAAUACACUAGCGUACUCUUAUAUAAUUUAAUGACAAAUCCAGUGCCCAAAGAUCACAAAGAAGAAUGACACCCCUUCUCGCAGAUCCUGACUUGGUAGCAAGUGAACUCCUGUCCUGCCCAAUAUUUGACAGGUGUUCCUCCUUACUCAGUGAGAGGGCAAGAUGGAGCCAUGUUCAGAGAGUGCAAUGGGAACUCUGGAUGGACAGGCUGAUGCUCUUUAAUGUGAGACAAUGUUGGCUAAUGUCAGCAUCCCAAGUGUCGUAUUUUCUGUUUGCUUUCUUUUGCCGAUCAGUCAAAAAAAUAAAAAAAUAAAAAUAAAAAAUCUCAUAGAAUUAAAUUUAGUUUGUUUUUGUUUUUUUUCUUGGUAAAUUGGCUGCUAUUCUAAAAGCCAGUCUGAAACACAUAUUUGUUUUUUUUUUUUGUUUUUGUUUUUUUUGCACUUUCCAUGUUUUUGCCUUUAAAUGUUGAAGAGGGGGUGACUGAUUUUAGGCAACAUCUUCCACCACAUGCCUUUUGGUGAGCUUCAAAUUUAUGCUUUCUUGCUCUAUUUCUUCUUCAAAUAUCUUCUGAGAAUCAUUUGAAUAUUCUGCUGAUUGUAUUGCCUUUUGCCUCCAGGAUUAGGGUUUAUAACUGCCUCACACUGCAGAGCAUAUGUUACUGUACGAAUUAAGUCACAGUGUAAAAUGUCAAUUCCUUGAUGUAUUGAUUUAGCCUUUUUCUGUAACAUUACUUGUACUGAUACUAUUUCUGCUGUAUGUGUUGCAUCCCUUCAUCAGCCAUAUUUAAAAGCUUAAGAAUUACUAUAUGCUUCACCAACACUGCUUACACGUCUUCUUUCAUGUCUUCAUUAUUGCUGUUCUAUCUGCUUGUAGCUCAGGUUGGCUAAGUACUUAAUAUUUUUAAUGGAUUGUGUAUUACGGUGUAUAGAUGGUAAAGGAUUGAACUGAAAUCUAUGUUCUCUCUUUACAUGUAAAGAAAAUAUCCAACUAUUUGCCCUGAUAUUACUCCUCCUCCUUAUAGAAAACAUUACUUCAAUGCCUAUGAUGUUGUCAAAGAAAAUUUGAACGUCAAAUAAUAAAAUUCUUGAAUAUA